UUUUCAGAAAAAGGAGAUGGCAUUACUUGCAUUGCGGGCCAUAUUUGCCGUCUGGUCUAGCUUAUAAAGAAGAAAGAGAGUUACGCAACCUCCUUUUUUUCAUUCUUCCAGUUGAACCAAAAAAAAUAAACAUGGGGAGAUCACCCUGCUGCGAUAAAAUGGGGCUCAAGAAAGGGCCUUGGACUCCUGAAGAAGAUCAGAAGCUUUUAGCUUAUAUUGAAGAACAUGGUCAUGGAAACUGGCGUGCGCUACCAACAAAAGCUGGCCUCCAAAGAUGCGGCAAGAGUUGCAGGCUUAGAUGGACUAACUAUCUUCGCCCUGAUAUCAAGCGUGGAAAGUUCAGCUUACAAGAAGAACAAACUAUCAUACAACUUCACGCUCUUUUAGGAAACAGGUGGUCCGCCAUUGCAACGCACUUACCAAAGAGGACAGACAACGAGAUAAAGAAUUACUGGAACACGCAUCUGAAGAAGAGGUUGGCAAAAAUGGGAAUAGACCCAGUGACACACAAGCCCAAACAUGAUGCCCUCUUCGCGGCCAUUGAUGGUGGGAAGCAGUCUAAAAAUGCGGCCAACUUAAGCCACAUGGCUCAGUGGGAGAGUGCUAGGUUAGAGGCCGAGGCUCGCCUUGCACGGCAGUCCAAAAUUCGGUUGCCAGAUAAUAAUAAUUCAGGAGAUCAGGUUCACAUUAAUGAGCACAACCAAAUAGUACCCUCAGUCUCGGUUGCUCCAUUAUCAUCAUCUUCAUCGACAUCAGCUCAUCAUUAUUUUGGUACCAAUGCGGCUUGGCAUAGUGUGUGGCCUAAUUCUAGUAAUAAUACUAGUGGUAACAAUAAUAAUAAUGAUCAGGGUUUUAUGAGCAUUGGCAUGGGAAAUGGAAUCACAUCCACUGGCGGCGGCAUUGUUGGCGGAGUUGGAGUUGGACUUGGAGUUGGACUCGAGUCGCCAACAUCAACGUUAAGCUUCUCGGAAAAUGCACCACCGGUGGUCCCAACGAUGGAGACUGGAGGCGUGAUAGAGUUCAUGAGGAAUAGUAGUCAAGAGAAUGACCAUGAUAAAAUGGUUAAGAAAGAAGAUAAUCAUGUACAUGAAUGGAAGAGAGGUUUUGAUAAUGGGAUUGAGAUUAAUUCUUUGUCUUUUAGCCCUACGUCAGCUGGAUUCAAUGACAUUAUUGCCCUCUCCCUGGAUCAUGCUAGGGAAACUGGCGGCGACGAUGAAGAUGAAGAUGAUGAUCAUAGUCAUAGUUUCAUGGAAGGGUUUACAGAACUUCUGCUUAGUACUAAUAAUAAUGCUAGUAUUACUACUCCUACUACUAAAGAUAAUACUAUAUGUGGUGAGAAAAGUGUAGCAGAUGAAGGAGGAGAUGAGAAUAACAAUAGUAUUAGGAGUAGUGGAGGUACAACUAGCAGCGGUGGAAGUGAUUACUAUGAAGAUAAUAAGACCUAUUGGAAUAGUAUUCUCAACCUAGUCAAUUCUUCUCCUUCUCAUUCUCCCAUGUUCUAAUCAAUAUCAUCAUUUUCAAAUAAUCAAUUGAGAUUCUCUCUUUUGUAUGUGCUGAA